GCAACAGCUACUAAGCAAAAUUGAAUCUAAGCUGCUUCCCCCUGUUCUACUGUUGAAGGUCAGACCACCCAAACCUCUUUCAGUAAGCGCAUUCAGGAGCCCGUUCGAGGCUAUAAUGAAGAGCGAUGAAGGCAACGUCAUUGGCCUGGGCUACAACACCUUGAUCAGAGAGUGCCAGAUGGAAUGUCUGCAAGAGAUUUUCAACAGCAAGUUCCAACAGUAUCUGGAGAUAGAGGAUGAUCUGGAGAGCAAAGAGGAAACACUUAGUUGUGCAAAAUUCCAUUUUCACUUAUCUGGCCGCACCUUUCAAACUGGAACGGAAUUAAAAGCUGAGGCAGAUAUGCCUGUCGCCUUCAGUGUUCACUGGAGCAACAGUCACAAUCUUUGCUUCUAUUUCCUGAGUCGUCCACCCAAGGAAAAACCUGAUUCUGAUCCCAAGCCAGAUAUUCUUUGGCCAUGUGCUGCUCCGAUUGUAUAUUCAACUGUCAGCCCUUGUUCGUCUUACUUCGCCUUUGCCUGUGAAGAUAGGGUUAUUACUUUGUGGGACACAUCAGUUGGGUUUCCAUUCUCUGCCAUGGUGCUUCCCGAAAACUACGUUGCACGAAACAUUCAAUUCAUGCCACGUUUACUACCAUCCAGAGAGAAGACGUCUUGCUGUAGUAAGGAUCCUGCCCAUACCAUGGUGCAGCUUUUGGUGCUGUGCACAGAUGGGUCACUUCACCUGCUCACAUCGGGGACCAAAGAAUUUAGGUCCAAGUUAUUAGGAAUCAGGCCUGAGGUUCCUGAUCAGACCAUCAGUGGUGUGGCAACCAUUCCAACUUUGCCUGAUGCGGUGCUGAUUUUCUUCUGGAUUGGCGUCAUUAAUCUGAUGGAUACCACGACCGAUGAGAUCAUUUGCCAAUUCAUGGUGCCACCUUCCUACAAAGUUGCAUCCCCUUGGCAGCCCGUUUUUUCCAUGGAUACAAAUGGCAGGUGGUUGGCCGUCCAAGGGGAGUCUAAGGCUGGUAAAGCGGAAAUGGAAACCAUCUUUAUUUAUGACUUCAGCACAUAUUCUUUCAUGGAAACGUUUGCUGCAAAAGCUGAGAAUCUACCUGCUGCCUUUCCAGAAUUGCCCUGGGACAAACGUUGUGAUCUUUUCUUAAAUAACAAUUUGCAGAGGCUGUCCACAAUUAGCCAACAGAUGCCAGAAUGCUGGAGCCAGCUGCAGGAAUAUGCAGCCAGCUUGAAGAGGAAGAUGUUUGGUGAAGUGAACGUGCAGCAAGAGUUCAGCUUUUUUCCUGGGACUAGCGAAGAAGUAUUACAUGUUGACCCGGAACCUGAAAUACCAUCAACCUAAGCAGCAACUUUGCCAUCUGAUUCCAUUUUUGGACACUUUUAAAUAGCAUCUGGUUUCUUGCAAGCCAUUAUUUCAUUUAAAAGGAAGGAACAAGGUCAGAAACCAAGUAUGGAAGAAUUAACAUGGGAAUGGAGCCUCCAGUUGCCUUUGGAGGCUCAAAGAGUAAUCUCUAUUAUAUACUUCAGAGUAUGAGAAGACAGCAGGGGAUAGGGACCAAAUGCCUUGGAGGUCUAUGAUGCUAAGAAACAUACAAGAAAUUUAUACCAAAAUACUUGUUUCUCCUCCUUUUGCAUCCGUUCAGACGGAUCUUAAGCCUGCAGAUAAAGCCUUCGUUUGGUUAUUAUUAUUAUUAUUAAUUUUAAAAGCAAGAUGGACCUGAACAAUAGAUGUCAUUACUACUCUUUUUUUUUUACAAAUAAACAUAGCACUUACUUUGACAAUAUUGGAACUAUCUGGAAAUGAAAGACUCUGGUGUGAUCCAAUUCUAAUUUCAGUUUGGCUGGGUAGAGGUGCCACUUUUUCCCCAUCGACGGUGACAGAUUUUUCCCAAGACAAUAGAGAGCAUUCUUCAAUAUCCCUAAGAAUCAUCAUCCAUUAGGAGGAUCAGAUGUAACAGCAGAUCACGGUGAGCAAAUGAGGAGAAACCUGGGGGGUCUUUUUCCUUUCCUUCUGCACAUCACAAUUCCAUUACUUGGCUUCUGUUCAAUGUAACCCUGAAAUCAUACUGCUGAUUCGCAAAACAUGUUAAGUUAUAAUGUGGCUUGUCUGUGGCUCAACGUUUUUUUGUUUUGUUUUGUUUUGUUUUGUGAAUCCAGCCAUUAUUGUUUCUGAAUCACUGGCUAGCUCAGCGAGUUUGACAAACCCAGCAAAUAGAAAACCAGUUAUAAUCUGGGCUGGUAAAGAGUGAUCUGCUCUCGC